AUGGGCGAUUUAUCCAUUUUCCAGGCCACUGUGCCGGCAAGGUGGUCGAGACAAAAUCCCAACUACCGCGAGGCACCCCGUGCCUUGUUUCACCUAAGAGACACGGCAACCUUACAGGAGGUCGAGACAAGUAUUGACCGAGCGUACACGUCCGGGGUGCCCUUUUUCACCAAACGCGCAAUCCAACAUGUCUGGGACCAAAUCAAGCGCAAUCCGGCACCAGGAUCACCCAUCCUCUUUAAAGAUAUCACCGGCACACCAGUUGCGUGUAAGGUGCAAACUGGCCAUGUCGAGUUUUGGAGACGACCUGAUGGAUCAAAGCUGCAAUAUGUGUACAAGGAAAUAAUCCUCGGAUACGACUGUCGAGCGUCCCUCAGAGACCACCUGGCGAACCACGUGGCGAGCGGCUUCCGUCCGCAGACCUAUGCACCUUGCCCAAUCUAUCUCCAGCAUGUGGCGUCGGAACUGGAUAUCGAAACCAAGCAGAUUACUCGAGGCCCAGCUCCCCUGAACCGUGAAGUUACAGAGCGAUCCAUGGAAGACAAGACCCAGAGAUGGAUCAAGAGUCCAGCUUGCGACAAACUCAAGGCAAUCCUGUCAUCGUCCGUGAAGGACCAUGAGAUUAACAAGAUCGUUGCUUUCUCUCUUGGUUCACCGUCCAAGCAAUGGGCCAAUGACCGUGGCCUUGAAGUGUUUGUGCAAAUUAUUCGUGUGCGAUCUGAGUUCCAACAUGGGCUUCUCAAAACCCUGUUGGAAUGGCUACAAGGGCGGGGUGACAAAGAUCAAGUCCGUUGCUAUACACAGGAUCCUCUCUACACAGAGGUGGACAAGCAGAUCUUGGGCGAGUCCGGAAUCGAGGUGAUUGGCGAUCCGCGUGGAUGGCUCGAGGCGGAUGAACGUUCUGUUCUGUUCACAGUGGCUCCUACUGUGCCCGUGAAGGAGAUUAUCGCGGACAUUACUCGACCCGCCGUUAUAAUCUGGGAUCGAGUGGGAUUCAACGAUUCGCUUGGUAACGGAAAUCCAAAUCCCGACCCCGACUCGCCCCGAGUUCGACAAAUGAUGGAGGGAUACGAGUGCUAUGAGUUCGGUCCGCAUCCCAAAUUGUUCUGCAAUAUUGUCGUCUAUGUUCGGAAGUCGGUGGCUGCCCCGGUUCCUGGUGAAGAUGGCAGAUUCACCUAG